AUGCGUCGACCUGAUCGUACAUUUGAUCCCUAUUCUGAAAGUCCAGUAGAUGGUGUCAUAGCUGCAUUUUGUAGUGUACGUGUUAUAUCAGGUCAAUUUUUAUCCGAUAAAAAAAUUGGUACAUAUGUCGAAGUUGAUAUGUUUGGUUUACCAGCUGAUACAAUUCGUAAAGAAUAUCGUACUAAAACAAUUCCAGCUAAUGGUCUCAAUCCAAGAUAUGAUGAAAGUGUUUUUGAAUUUCGAAAAAUUGUUCUUCCAGAUUUAGCCAUUUUACGUAUAGCUGUUUAUGAAGAAACAGGAAAACUUAUAGGACAACGUGUUUUACCAUUAGAUGGAUUACAAGCAGGUUAUCGACAUAUAUCAUUGCGUACAGAAGGAAAUUUUCCAUUAUCAUUACCAACAGUAUUUUGUCAAAUUAUUUUAAAAUCUUAUGUACCGGAUGGUUUAAGUGCCUUUGUUGAUCAAUUAAAUAAACCGUUAUUGAUAAAACGAACUGAAGAAUUACUAUAUGCAACAUCUAGUAAUUCAUUUGAUAGUUGUUCAACAUCAACUAGUUCAUCUGCGCGACGAUCACGUAUACAUGAUUUAAAUUCAGCAUCAUCUGCUUCAUUAGAAACAAGAGCAACAAUAAUAACAAUUCCUAGUACUACUUCAAUAAGUACAUUAUUAACAAAUGAUACAAAUAGUCUUGUAUCAACACCAUCAUUAAAAUCGAAAAUAUCAACUGACACAAUUAUUCCAAUAACAUUAGAUUAUUUACGUGAACAUAAAAGUUUUUGUAAAUUAAAAACAAAACAAGAUAAAGAAUUAAUUUUAAUGAAGAAAAAACAUGCAAAAGAACAAAAUUUACUUUGUGAACAACAAUCAAAAAUAAUGAGUAAAGUAAAAAAUGAUAAUGAAAAAAUUAUACGUUCGCCAUUGAUGCAAACUGGAAAUUCAAAAAAAGAAUUAAGUAAUGGUGGUACUUCAAAUGAAGGAAAAGCUGAUCCUAGGCUAAUGGAUUUAAUUAAUGAACAAAAUGUUGAAUGGACAUCACUUGUACAAAGACAAUUAACAGAAUUAAAUGGAGUUCGUCGGUCACAUACUAAAGAACAAUGUGAUUUAUUACUAUUUUUACUUGAUGAAACACAAAAAAUGCAAAUGAAAGAAAUAACUGAUAGACAUUUAAGAGAAAAGAAAGAUCUUGAAUUAAGUCAAGUACGACAAAAUAUUGAAGAUAGUAAACGACUUGGAUCAGAAAAAAAUAUUAGAAAUAAAUCAGAUUUAGAUCGUCGAAUACGUGAAUUAAAAUCAAAUAAUACAAAAAAAUUUUUAGAAGAACGAAAAAGACAAAUGAUGAAACAUGAUAGAGAAAAAGAAAAUUUAGUUAAAUCACAUGAAAUACAAAAAACAACACUAACGAAUGAAAUUAAGAAGAUGCUUGAAUACAGUAUCAAUUAUCAAGAUGAAUCACCAAUGGCUCGAUUUCCUUCAUCAUCUGUAUGA